AUGAGGAGUUGUUUCAGAAUUGCAUGCAGCUUUGUAUUCUUGUUCUUCUUAUCUCCACAAAAUUCUACCUUUACAUCUUUGUCACAGGCUUCUUUUUACCCUCUUUCAAGCCAAAAAUGUUCUGAUGUUGAGAAAGCAGCCUUGCUCCAACUCAAAAGGGAUUUAUCAGCAGCAAUACCAGAAUCUACUGUUGCUGGGGAUUCUUUGCUACCUUCGUGGAAGCCGAACACUGAUUGUUGCUCCUGGGAAGGCGUCAGUUGCCAUGAAGUUACAGCUCAUGUGAUUGGACUUAAUAUCAGUGGUUACAACUUCUAUGAUCUUGUUGAUUCAGGUGACAUCCUUGAACUCCCUUACCUUGAAAGACUUAAUCUUGUCAAUUGCAGUAUUGGAGGAAUCCCGAGUUUUCUUCGAAACAUGAGUGGUUUGAUUAAGCUAGACCUUUCUAGCAACAAAAUCGGUGGCCAAGUGCCGAAAUGGAUUUGGCAAUUAGAAAGCUUGGUUCACUUGAAUCUGGCCAGCAAUUUUUUCAAUGGGAUUGAAGUACCAGUUCCAAGUCCAAAGUUUAGUUCCUUGACUUUCCUUGAUCUCACAUCCAACUUGUUAGAAGGCUCAAUCCCAGUUCUACCGCCCUCCAUAAAAUUCCUCUCACUUGCCAUCAACAGGCUCACCGGGGAGAUUCCUGCAUCUUUCUGCAAUAUGAGCAGAGCUGUCAUCGGUCUCCGAAACAGGCGAUGCAACGAGUGGAUUGAACAAUCUUUCAAGGCAAAGAAAGGGCUGAAAAAGUGGAAAGAUGAGCUUUAUACAGCUAAAGUUUCAUUAUUGUUAUACACCAUUGUACAUUUUCUUGCUUGUAUUGCUCAGCUUCUCCAUGGACCAUUGUCCUAG